UCAGUAUAGUUUUAGACUCGGCACGGUGGGUUUCAAUUGUAGUAAACAGAAUGGAAUAUGUGACUUUCAUUUUUACAGUACUUUUUGGAUUGUGCUUGUGUCUCAGCAAUAUUGAAGGCGCUAAAAUAUUAGCAAUAUUUCCAUUUCCGGGGCCUUCACAGUAUAUUCUCGUGCAACCUUAUUUGAAGACAUUAGCCGCACGAGGGCAUAAUGUAACAGUCAUAAAUGCUUUUCCACAAAAGGAACCAAUACAGAACUUCAGAGAUAUACCAGUUUUGGAAGUGUUUGAAGAUUACGACAAUAUCGUUAAUUCAGUACAAACUGAAUUGAAUAAAUGGCAAGAAUUCAAUUUCUAUACCGAAUUUUUUGAAUCCAUUUCCUUACGCGUUUUAAAUAAUAAAGCAGUACAAAAGCUAAUAAAUUCAGAUGAAGAAAAAUUCGAUCUCGUGAUUGUGGAAACUGUGCGAACAGAAAUAUUAUAUGGUUUCGCGCAACAUUUUGGGGCACCAUUAAUUGGAUUCUCAUCGUUCGGUACGGAUGUCGAAAUGGAUGAAUAUGUAGGAAAUGUGUCACCAAUAUCUUACGUGCCAUCGACGAUGAGUGAUUUAACAACUCAAAUGAAUUUUAUGCAACGUUUAAAAAAUUUUUUAAUAGUCGGAUUGCAGUAUCUUCAUACAUAUACAGUGCAUUUGCCGCGUCAAAAAGUAUUAUAUAACCAAUACUUUCCACACGCUAAAGUAUCACUAGAGACGCAGCGUAAAAAUUUCUCACUAAUGCUGUUAAACCAACACUUCUCUCUGAGUUUUCCCCGUCCGUAUGUGCCGAACAUGAUUCAAGUUGGUGGUUUGCAUAUAAGCCACAAACCAUCACCUUUACCAAUUGAUAUAGCUGAUUUUAUUAAUGGUGCUGAAAAUGGUGUGAUAUAUUUCUCAAUGGGUUCUAAUAUAAAAAGUGAGAAAUUACCAAAAGAAACUAUUGAUAUAUUUUUAAAAACAUUUGCUUCCUUACCGCAACGUGUGUUAUGGAAAUUUGAAGCAGAAAAGUUACCAGGUAAACCAGAUAAUGUUUUCAUUAGCAAAUGGUUUCCACAGCCUGAUAUAUUAGCCCAUCCAAAAGUCAAAUUAUUUAUUACGCAUGGUGGUUUACUUAGUACAAUGGAGGCUAUAUAUUACGCCAAGCCUAUAAUUGGCAUACCAAACUUUUUUGAUCAAUUUCUGAAUGUGGCUAACGCAGUAAAAUCAGGAUAUGCGUUAGAUGUUGAUAUUAACACCAUCAGCAUUGCAAGCUUCGGUGCUAAAAUUAAAAAGAUUUUGAGUAAUAAAAUUUAUACGGAAAAGAUUAAAAAAAUAUCUCGCCAAUAUCAUGAUCAGCCCAUUAAACCAAUUGAUGCAGCCAUUUAUUGGACAGAAUAUGUACUACGGCAUGAAGGAGCAAACCAUAUGCGCGUUGCUGGUCAGGAUUUGAAUUUUAUGGAGGUGCAUAGUUUAGAUGUAAUUGGUGUUUUGAUAUUUGUAUCUGCAGUGGGUUUAUGGGUAAUUUAUUGGUUUAUGAGCAAAAUUUUAGGUUUCAUAUUCACGUCAAAUGCAAUUAAACAUAAAAAAGAAUAAAAAAACAUGUAUUUGGCGAUCUUAACAAAGUAGAUGGUCCUAAUGUUUUAACCAACUAAGUUCAAACAAGAUUAAAAAAAAUCCUUGAAAGUAACUUUUUCAAUCUAAACUAUUUUUAAAUGUAAGUUAUAGUCAUUUUAUAAUCUAGUAAAUAAAAAUAGUAUUGUUAAAU